ACGCCUUCGCAGCAGGGAUGGAGGUGAUGGACAGCUGCAAGUUCUCCCCGUCCGAGCUCUUCUACGACAGCUCCUGCCUCUCCUCCCCGGAGGCCGAGUUCCCCGAGGAUUUUGAGCCCAGGGACCUGACCCCCUUCGGAGCCCACGAACGCCCCGAGCCCGCCUGCUCCGAGGAAGAGGAGCAUGUCCGAGCUCCCACUGGCCACCACCAGGCCGGUCACUGCCUCAUGUGGGCUUGCAAAGCCUGCAAAAGAAAAUCCACCACAAUGGACCGGCGGAAGGCGGCCACCAUGAGGGAGAGGAGGAGGCUGAAGAAAGUGAACCAGGCUUUUGAGACCCUGAAGAGAUGCACCACUGCCAACCCCAACCAGAGACUCCCCAAAGUAGAGAUACUGAGAAACGCCAUCAGAUACAUCGAGAGCCUCCAGGAGCUCUUGAGGGAACAGGUAGAAAACUACUAUCACCUGCCGGGACAGAGCUGCUCCGAACCGACCAGCCCCACUUCCAGCUGCUCCGAUGGGAUGGUAAGAGGGAGGCAGGGCUGUGGAGACCCCAGGAAGGCCCGCGGACAGGUCCCCCUCGCCCUAGCGUCGUGGGACCAGUCCCGUGGGUGUGGGACGGGUCGAAUGCAUCCGGACAACAGGAAAAGGCGGGUGGUUUUCUUUUUAACAAGCCCCUUCCCAGAUUUACCGUUGACCACGCACGUGGGCUGUCGGGCGAUACUUGGGGGGGGCAGUAGCGCUGCCCGAGGAGCCCUCGACUCACUCAUCACUUCUCCUUACUCCUCUCAGCUGGACCUUGGAGUCCCUGGAGGACCCGCAGCUGGCCAGCUGAUUACUGCUGACCUUUGGCAGGCUCUGCACUGGGUAUCAGCCUUACAGCUGGUCACAACUGCCUUCCUGGCAACUAAAGACCUAAUGAGCUUGGCCAGCUGCAGACUGGGCUGGGAUCCCGCUGGCUGA